AUAUCCACGUCUGGCCAUAGCCAGGGUUAAAAGGCGGAAAGUGAAAACAGACGAUAUAGCGGAAAUCUUUGGGUUAAAUUCUUAGCCCCCUGGCCUUGCGCGCACGUGAGCUAACUUAACUGCAAACAGAGUUCAUCCAUAACUAACCACGCGGCUGGAUUCAUAGCAAAAGAGAAUGAAUUCUGUCGCGAACGAGACUGUCGAGUUUGAGCUGCCGUACUUCAAAGAGCCUCACUGGUUAGAGAUCGUUCGCUUGACACUCGAGUUCUUCAUCGCAACUCUCGGCAUAGUAGGAAAUGCCGUGGUAUGCUUAGUCAUAACUUUCCAACCCCAGAUGCAGACCGUUAUCAACUUCUACAUUAGAAACCUCGCCAUUGCAGAUCUAGGAAUACUUCUCUUCUCCUUCCCGCUAACGGUAAUUAAGGAACAAGAUCCAUAUCACUGGCCCCUGGGUGAAUACUUCUGUCGGUUUCUGUAUCCUGUCAAUGAUAUAUUUUACGGUGUUUCAGUGUGGUCCAUAACCUUGAUUGCCAUAGAUCGCUACAGAGCAAUAGUUGGAGGCCGUAUUCCUAAGCGAAAUUCCCUCAAUUUCAGAUCAGCAAGAUGGAUGAUUCUUGGCGUGUGGAUAAUGUCCUUCUUGGUCAUCUCCCUGCCUUUGUAUUUCGUAAUGACGUUCAUUGACCAGAACUCGUACAUCGAUUGUACUCCAAUCUGGCCGAGCGCCGAGCGAGGAAAUCUGGGAGAGAUGCAACAAAUCUACAGUAUCGCGAUCAUUGUAUUCUGGUAUGUUCUGCCACUCACCAUUAUCGUUGGAACAUUCCACAGCAUUUCAGUAAAGCUCCGAGUCAGCACUAACUUUAACAGAUCCAUACAAGAAGAGUGUAACGAAUCAAGCGAAUCCCACAACGUUCGCAAAAGACUUCGUGAGCGACAAAACAGUAGAGCUAAGAAGCUUUUAACACCUGUUGUAAUAGUUUUUGCUGUCACUAUGCUUCCCGCUAAUGUUUUCCGCCUCUCAUUUAUGUAUUGGGAAGGAAUUUCUGAGCACAAAUACUUGUGGGUUUUUUACAAUGUUUGCGUGAUCUUCGUCAUUGCAAACUCGUCGGCAAAUUUUUUCAUUUACUCCCUUGUGAGCGACGAGUUUCGCCAAAGUUUUAAGCGCCUCAUUUGUCGUAAUUCUAACUCUACUUCUCGUAGUACAACAGACAGAACUGUUCGAAGUCCACUUCACAGUCCUUUAAACCUAAGUCCUACAAAUUUAUACCCAACCAACACUGACAGACAAGAAUAAGACGAAGGGAACUCCAGACAACUUCAAGAGCGAAAUUCACGCGAGGUUUUGGCGACGACCUGCAGCAUCCUGCUGACAAAACAGUGGGAAAGACGGAUUCCUUUUAAAAGCUAAAUAUCUAAACGUACUCAAACAUUUAAAAUAGAGAAGAUUUUGCUAAUAGAUGCGUCGAGCUUCAACGCUCUUUAACAUUCGUUUUCAACGUGUUUGAAGGGCAUUUUUUAAUGGAUAAUUUUAGACAUUUGAAGACGGGUAUGACGCUCCCCGUGAAUGGUAACACUAUUAUUGUUUUAGUAAUGUUUUUUCUAGGUUUAAUUUCAUGAAGAAAAUGUGUAAACGCUAAGAUAUGGCUGUCCAGCUAACAGCUGUCCUUGAAAACGAACAAGUUAAA